UAAAUUUCUUCUCGCUUUCUAAUUAAUUCAACUCUUUUCCCAGAAAAUUAAAGUCUUUGAAUUAAUUUACAAUCUACAAAUAAAAAUACAAUUAAGCUACUCUAUAAAGCCAAAAUAGCAAGAAACCCCAUUAAAAUAAUACCCAGAAACCUUCUCUAUAUUAUCACCACUGCUGUGUAGCAUUCUGUCACUUACUAGUAGCUUCUAUUUUCUCUCUCCUCAACUAGAGAGAGAAAUAUAGUAUGAACUAUAAUCUAUAGUUUUUUAUUUUUCUCCCAGAUCCAAUCAAGGAUUAACACGAAUUUGGCUGAAAAAAUAAUUAAGGGAUGGCGCUAGGGAGAUAUACGAGGGUUGAUGGGAAGAAAUCGUCAAAUUACUGUUCCACGGUGACUGUGGUAGUCUUUGUAGCUCUUUGCUUAGUUGGGGUAUGGAUGAUGACAUCGUCAUCAUCUGAUUCACCUCCACAAGACAUAGAUUUACCCCAGGAAAAACAAAAAACUGAGGUGAAACCGGAUGUAGUGACUGAGGUGAAACCGGAUGUAGCAAAAGACAUCAACGAGAGCCCUCCCACUCAGCAGUUUGAGGAUAAUCCUGGUGAUUUGCCUGAGGAUGCAACUAAAGGAGACACUAAGGUUAGUCCGUCUGAGGAGGGAAGGAGCAAUGAGAACCAAAAUGAGACGCCAUCUGAGGAUAAGCGAGAUGAAAAGCCAAGUGAGAGCGAGGAAAGCAAGCCAGAUGACACUAAUAAGAGUGAGUCAAAUGAGGAAGUGAAAGAAGAAAACCCGGAGUCCAAGAAAGAAGAUGGACCUGAAGAUACAAAGACGGAAGGUGAUGGGAAUGAUUCUAGUGAAAAGAAAGAAGAAGGCUCUAGUGAAUUACAGGAGGAAAAGAAAGAAGGCUCUAGUGAAUUACAGGAGGAAAAGAAAGAGGAAGGGGGGAUAGAGGAGAAAGUUGAGCAAGAUCAGGAAAAUGGAUCUGAUGAUAGUAGCAAGAAGGACACUGACGCAAAGGAACAGGGUUCCCAAGAGGUUUUUCCUUCUGGGGCUCAGUCAGAUCUUCUUAACGAGUCUGCCAUCCAGAAUGGUUCUUUCUCGACUCAGGCUGCUGAGUCAAAUAAUGAAAAGGAAGCUCAAAAAUCUUCAAACCAACAGGAGUUUGCAUGGAAAGUCUGCAAUACUACCGCUGGGCCAGAUUAUAUUCCUUGCCUUGAUAACUGGGAUGCAAUCCAUCAUCUAAGGAGUACUAAGCAUUUUCAGCAUCGAGAGAGGCAUUGUCCUGCUGAUCCCCCCACUUGUCUUGUUCCUCUCCCUGAAGGAUAUAAGCGACCAGUGGAGUGGCCCAAAAGCAGGGAAAAGAUCUGGUACUCUAAUGUUCCACACACCAAGUUAGUAAAGAUCAAGGGGCAUCAAAAUUGGGUGAAAGUUAGUGGCGAGUACCUCACAUUCCCUGGUGGUGGUACCCAGUUCAAGCAUGGAGCUCUCCAUUAUAUUGACUUCAUAGAACAAGUGAGCCCCCAUUUUACUUUCAACUCAGUACCAUAUUUCUCUGGAACUUCAGCACUUAAUGCUGUCUGUCAUGUGAUAUAUCUAAUCUAUAUCUAAUCUAGUAGUGCCUUC